AAAAAAAAAAAAAAGAAAUGGGGAAGUUUCUUAUAUUUGCUUUUGCAAGUUUUCUUUUUGUAAAUAGUACCUUAACAAUAAAUGCACAAACUCUAAUUCCGGAAAACGAUGCUGAAGUUAAUACUUGGUUUCAAGCUGCAAUAAAACCUAUUAGUGCACAAAGAGGAACAUUAGAACCCAGUGUAGUAGAAGCUGAAAGUGGUGGGGUAGAAACUAUCGACGUAAGACAAGAUGGAAGUGGAAAAUUUAAGACAAUAUCAGAUGCUGUGAAACAUGUUAAAAUAGGAAACAAACGUGUAAUUAUAACAAUUGGUCCUGGAGAGUACAAGGAAAAAGUUAAAGUUGAUAGAUUUAAAUCCUAUGUCACUUUUUAUGGAACAGAUCCUAAAAAUAGGCCAACUAUAACAUUUGCUGGUACUGCUGCUGAAUAUGUGACUGUAGAUAGUGCAACAUUGAUUGUGGAGUCAGAUUACUUUGUCGCUUCCAACAUAAUUGUUUCGAAUUCUGCUCCAAGACCUGAUGGAAAACGAAAGGGAGCUCAAGCUGUUGCAAUGAGAAUAUCCGGUGAUAAAGCUGCAUUUUAUAACUGUAAAUUUGUGGGAUUUCAAGACACUGUUUGUGAUGAUAAAGGAAAACAUUUUUUCAAGGAUUGUUAUAUUGAAGGGACUGUUGAUUUUAUAUUUGGUGAAGCAAGAUCUUUAUACUUGAAUACUGAGCUUCAUGUUCUAUCGGGUGAUCAAAUGGCAAUGAUUGUUGCACAUGCAAGAAAAAAUCCAAAUGGAGAAGGUGGGUACUCAUUUGUCCAUUGUCCAGUGACUGGAACAGGUGGUCAUGCUGUCUUAGGUAGAGCAUGGUUUGAGGCUGCUCGAGCUGUAUUCUCCUAUUGUCCCAUGAGUGACGUUGUCAAUCCUGAGGGAUGGUCUGACAAUAAUAAGCCCGAAGUACAAAAGACUGUGUUCUUUGGAGAGUAUAACAACAAAGGUCCUGGUGCAUCACUUGCAAAACGAGUUCCGUAUACCAAGAAAUUAACAGAAGCGGAAGCAAAAACAUUCAUCAGUUUGGAAUAUAUUGAUGCGGCGAAAUGGCUACUUCCGCCUCCUAAAGUGUGAAAUAAGUUAGCUUAUAAGCCAAAAUUGAAAAACGACAAAAAAGAUAAAUAGGGUACAUCAAUAAUAUCUUUGGAUUAUUAAUAUGUUAGUCUAUUUCGAUAUAGUAGUAGGGUGAUCUUAAUUGUGGAGUUACUUAUUAUUUCCCUAAUUAUGACUUUCAACAAGGAAAGGUUUUGUUUAAUACAACAAUGACUUUUAAUUAUAUUUAUACUUUUACUUCAUUUUAUGUUUUGCGCUUUUAGCUAAUAACCUAUAGAGGUAAAAAGCCACUCCGUUCCUCUUAUUUUCCCUCAGCUAACAAAAAUUUUAAAGUCACAAUGCAAAAGAUAUAAAGAGUGGAUAGCGUUGUACUAAAACGCCACAUGAAUUGCAAUCCAUUUUGAUUUAAUAAAGAUGAAUAAGUUACAUCAAUAAUAUAUUUGGAUUAUUGAGACA